UAACCCUCCGAUUUUGUUGAAGUUUCGCUAAAAGGUACUUUCGAAUUAUCUAUCACAGACUUCCUUUCUUCUUCUACGCAAAAAAGGAAUUCUUAAUUGUCGUUCCGAAUCCGUGAUACACACCGACGCCGUUUAACCAUCAUCGCCCUUGUCUCUCUCUUUCCCUCUCUGUGCUCAGAUCUGAGCUUCUGGGCUCAUUCUUACCGGAUCGGAUCAUUCAAAUCUGAAAACUUUCCGUCGUUUUCCUCAAAUCCGAUUUUGUGGCAAACACAGUGGAAAAGGUUUUGUAAGGAUUUGAUCUGGUAAUCGAAGCAUGGCUGCUCCUGUGCCUCCAGGGGACAUUAGACCCAACAACCAGCGAAACUCCGGGUCACCAAAUUACUUCCCUGGUUCUCAAGGCAACGCUAAUGCUUUAGCUGACAAUAUGCAUAACUUGAGCAUGAAUCGUCCACCUUCUAUGAUGCCACCUGGUUCAGGCCCUAGGCCACCUGCUCCUUUUGGUCAGUCACCGCAACCUUUCCCUCAGGGAGCUCCGCAGCGAGGGCCUUCUCCUAUGGCUAGGCCUGGACCUCCUCCUCCUGCUGGAAUGGGGAGGCCUAGUGGUCCUCCUCCUGGAGCACAGCCAAGUGGGUUUCCGUCUAAUGUGCCUUUGGGCAGACCCACUGGUCCACCUUCUAGUCAGCCACCGUUUGGCUCUAGACCGUCAAUGCCUGGAGGACCAGUGGCCCAGCCGGGGGCUUCUUCUAGUGGGUUUCCAGCUUUUGGUCCAUCAGGUCCUCCUCCAGGGGCACGCCCAAUGGGAUUUGGUUCACCUCCUCCACCUGUUGGAUCAUCUGGCAUGUCUAUGCCUCCCUCAGGCAUGCUUGGUGGUCCGGUCAGUAACGGGCCACCCCAGGUGGCUGGUUCAGGGGGAUUUCAGAGGGGUCCCCAAUUCCCUGGUGCUGCUGUUUCGACUCCACAGGCGGCACCCUAUGCACAGCCUCCUGGAUCACCUUUUACGCGGCCUCCUCCGCAGCCACUUGGUGCGCAUCCUCUUUCUGGAAAUUCACCAUUAGCUCCCUCUGCGGCUUCUUCAAUGCCCCCACCACCAGCAACCUUUCCUGGAGCUCCUUAUGGCAGGCCAGCGGUAUCAGGCUCGCCUUACGGUCCACCAUCAGGGCAGGUCGCUCCACCUCCUCUAGGCUUUCCUGGCCAAAUGCAACCACCAAGAUAUGGCAUGGGACCUUUGCCAAAUCAGUCGAUGACCACCAUACCCUCUGCCAUGGGUCAACCUGGUGCCCCUGUUCCUGGGCCCUCAAGGAUUGAUCCUAAUCAAAUCCCAAGGCCAGGUUCAAGCUCCAGCCCAGUUGUGUUUGAAACUCGCCGUAGUAAUCAGGCUAAUCCUCCCCCGCCUGCUACUAGUGACUAUAUAGUUAGAGACACCGGAAAUUGUAGUCCCCGUUACAUGAGGUGCACGAUCAAUCAGAUCCCAUGUACGGUUGAUCUUCUAUCUACAUCUGGAAUGCAACUGGCGUUGAUGGUCCAACCGCUGGCGCUUCCUCAUCCAUCUGAAGAGCCUAUACAAGUUGUGGACUUUGGUGAGGGUGGACCUGUUCGAUGUUCGCGCUGUAAGGGCUACAUAAAUCCUUUCAUGAGGUUCGUUGACCAAGGAAGGAAGUUCACCUGUAAUUUCUGUGGAUACACUGAUGAGACUCCCCGUGACUAUCACUGUAAUCUGGGUCCAGAUGGUAGACGUAGGGAUGCUGAUGAUAGACCUGAGCUAUGUAGGGGAACCGUCGAGUUUGUUGCAACAAAAGAAUACAUGGUGCGGGAUCCGAUGCCAGCAGUGUAUUUUUUCCUGAUUGAUGUCUCAAUGAAUGCGAUACAAACAGGUGCUACUGCUGCUGCUUGCAGUGCAAUCCAGCAAGUCCUUUCAGACCUGCCUGAAGGUCCUAGGACAUUUGUUGGAAUUGCUACAUUCGACUCAACAAUCCACUUUUAUAAUUUGAAACGUGCACUGCAGCAGCCACUGAUGCUCAUUGUCCCUGAUGUGCAAGAUGUUUAUACACCUUUAGAAACAGAUAUCAUUGUUCAGCUAUCUGAAUGCCGUGAACACCUAGAGCUUUUGCUGGAUAGUAUCCCAACGAUGUUUCAGGAGAGUAAGACUCCUGAAUCUGCUUUUGCUGCAGCAGUUAAGGCUGCUUUCUUGGCAAUGAAGAGCAAAGGAGGGAAGCUUAUGGUGUUUCAGUCAGUUUUGUGUUCUGUUGGUGUCGGUGCACUUUCUUCUAGAGAGGCAGAAGGGAGAGCUAAUAUGUCUGCCAAUGAAAAGGAGGCCCAUAAGUUAUUACAGCCAGCAGACAAAACUCUGAAGACCAUGGCUAUCGAAUUUGCUGAAUACCAGGUCUGUGUAGAUUUAUUUAUCACAAGUCAGGCUUACGUUGACAUGGCUUCAAUAUCCGUCAUUCCAACAACUACUGGAGGACAGGUGUAUUGUUAUUACCCUUUCUCAGCUCUCUCAGAUCCUCCCAAGCUUUACAACGAUCUUAAGUGGAAUAUAACUAGGCCGCAGGGUUUUGAGGCUGUCAUGCGAGUCAGAUGCAGCCAGGGUAUUCAAGUGCACGAAUAUUCAGGGAAUUUCUGCAAACGCAUUCCAACCGAUAUCGAUCUUCCAGCGAUUGACUGUGACAAAGCUAUAAUGGUGACAUUAAAGCAUGAUGACAAAUUACAAGAUGGAGCUGAAUGUUCUUUCCAGUGCGCCCUUCUGUAUACAACCAUAUAUGGAGAAAGAAGAAUCAGGGUUACCACGUUAUCACUCCCCUGUACGAACCUGCUCAGUAAUUUAUUUCGCGCAGCUGAUUUGGAUUCUCAAUUUGCUUGUAUGCUGAAACAAGCGGCUAAUGAAAUCCCUACAAAGGCACUUCCAUUGGUAAAGGAGCAAGCAAUCAAUAGUUGCACUAAUGCACUCUAUGCCUACCGUAAAUUCUGUGCCACAGUUACAUCAUCUGGACAACUUAUUCUUCCUGAGGCGCUCAAGCUCUUGCCAUUAUAUACUCUCGCAUUGACCAAAAGUGUGGGUUUAAGGACGGAUGGGAGAAUUGAUGAUCGAUCGUUCUGGAUCAACUAUGUAUCUUCUAUAUCUACUCCUUUGGCAGUCCCACUGGUUUAUCCCAGAAUGAUCUCUGUCCACGACCUUGAUGCAAAGGACGAUGAAGGAUCAGUCCUUCCUCCUUCAAUCCCAUUGUCAAGUGAACACAUUAGCAAUGAGGGAAUCUAUUUUCUUGAGAAUGGUGAAGAUGGUCUACUCUAUGUUGCUGAAUCAGUGGACUCUGGUAUACUGCAGAAACUUUUUGGUGUUCCUUCAGCUGCUGAAAUUCCAAGCCAGUAUGUGCUGCAGCAAUAUGAUAAUCAGCUAUCAAAGAAGUUCAAUGAUGUGGUGAAUGAAAUAAGGAGGCAAAGAUGUUCUUACCUAAGCUUCAAAUUGUGCAAGAAAGGAGAUCCAUCAGGAAUGCUGUUUCUGUCACAUAUGGUAGAGGACAGGACAGCAAGCGGCCCAUCAUAUGUGGAGUUUCUUGUUCAAGUCCAUCGCCAAAUCCAGCUCAAGAUGAACUGAUCAUCUGUUUUCUAGGACUCCUUACAAAAGUCUCUCUCAAUGUCCUCCGCUUACAGGAGGAAAGCGUAGAACGGUAAAAAAACAUUAAUCUGGCUACUUGAAAAGUAUUGAAAGUGAAGAGAGGGCAUAGACUACUACAUCAGAAGUUUCACUUCAAUUUGAAAGAGUGUUUAGAUAAUAGUCUCCACUUUUUUCGUAAGAAUUAUAUAAAAGAGUUUUUAUCCAAUCCAUUUUGGUUUUCACUUUGUGUGGGUGUUUUAUUUAAGCUCGAACUAAGAAUUUUUUUUCUUUCUGAUAAAGCUUGUUAUUGGAUGUUGUCGAAGGGACAAAAUAAAAUCUUAAUAUACAGUGCCGCGUAAAUUAUACGAAUAACCAUUCGUUUCUUUAAA